AUUAUUAUCCAUUCUGCGCCAAGUGCCAGUGCCACUACCACCCACCAUUCUCUCUCUCUCUGAAGUCCCAACAACUACUCUACAAGAGAAAGAAAGGCAACCAAAUAAAAAUAAUAUGUACUAGUAGUCUCCUUUUCUUCUGUAAGUUUUCUUUUCUCAACUUUUACUUCUCUUCUCCCAUCAAAACCCUAGUCUUUCUCUCUCCUCAUUUCUUUACUCUUUAUCUCACAUUCACCUGCACAUAUUUCAGACGACUUUCCAAGGGGAAGAAAACACUAAAUUAAAUUGGAGGCCUGGGUCUCAUGAGAAUUCUCAGGGGAAUGCAGAGAUCGAUUUGCUCUGAAAUUAAAAACAAGGCUAAAGAACCAGGCUGGACUAGAUCAUUUUGCCGUGGCAUUGGCGUUUACGUGCCGAAAGUUAGGACUCGGGAUAAACCACAGUUCUAAUCUUUCCAGAUUGCAGAUUGUCUACUUGUUUGGGAAAUUUAGUCAUGACCAGGAUUUUGGUUCCGCGUGGUUCUUCGGGGUGUUCAUCUUCCAACCAGACCCGCACUUCAGCUCCCAGCUCCUCAAAUGCACCUAUUCAGCCUCAUAUUGCUCCUUCCCAACCUAUUGUCGCGCCACCUGAUGAAGUCCAUGAACAAUUGAUUGUUAAUGAAUUGCCGGAAAUUUGUGCAAGUAGUGGGACUGGGAACAAGAUAGGGAGAGGUGAUGAGCUUUCUACUGAGGGGUUUGAUCAGAGUAAGAAUGUGGGGGAUGAUAGUGCCAUUGAUUUGAAAAUUGGGAACAAUGAUACUCAAGUGGAUUUCAUGAAAGGGUUUAGUGGUCUAAAGGUCACUGAUCAUAAAAAUUCUGGGACAGAUGCCUCGAAUGCUGAUAAUUUGCAAAGUGGUAUUGGGAGCUCGCAGCCCCCUCCGCCUCCUAUUCCGCCUCCAAAACCUUCAGGAUCAAAUUCUAUGCUGAGGAGAUUUGUGGCAGGGACUCCAGACUCUCCUCGGAUUGGACCGGCUAGAAGGCCCACUGGCUGGCCAGCUACAGCUAGGACUUCCCCAUCUGCAUCAAGACCUUCCUCGCCGAGAUCUCAUUGUGAAAGUGAGGGUUAUAAUAGUGCUGAUGAGCAAACUUCUACCUUUGGAUCCUCAUACUAUGACCUCGAGAGAGAGCGGCAAUUUGAAAUUGAUAUUAGACGUGCUAAAGGUUUGGAAGUUAAGAGAAUGCUGGAGGAUGGUAAUUGUCUAUUUAGGGCUGUUGCGGAUCAAGUUUAUGGGGAUUCAGAUGCAUACGAUUUGACGAGGCAUAUGUGUAUAGAUUAUAUGGAGCGUGAGAGAGAUCAUUUCUCUCAGUUUAUUACAGAAGGUUUUACAUCUUAUUGUAAGAGGAAAAGAAGAGACAAGGUUUAUGGAAACAAUGUAGAGAUCCAGGCCCUAUCUGAGAUGUAUAACCGACCCAUACAUAUAUAUUCUUAUAGCACAGAGCCUAUUAACAUAUUUCAUGGGAACUAUGACACUGAUUUGCCUCCCAUUCGGCUAAGUUAUCAUCACGGCAAUCACUAUAAUUCACUUGUCGAUCCUCGUCGAUUGAGUGUUGGCGCGGGGCUCGGGUUCAGCUGUCUUCGGGGGAGGAAUGUGGACAUGGAUCAGGUUAAAGCUGCCAUAAAAGCUCAACAAGACCAACAGAUAGAUAAUGCACUGUUGGCUGAAGGACGAUUUUACUCAGAUCUAGAGCUCACGGAAAAAGAAAUUGAGCGUAUGGUAAUGCAAGCUUCCCGCGCUGAGUAUAUAGCUGGUAACAAAUCAAAGCAACGUGCUGGUCUAAGAGAAUCCUCAACAUCUAGCGCAGAACCCUCAUCCUCUGGAGCCAGGUUAUCGGACACCGAGAAUGAAAAAGAAAGUGGCCUACCUGAUGCAGUGUUGACCAGCAGCAUGCGGAUGGUGCUGUCAAUGGGAUUCAGCUAUCUGCAGGUCGUCGAGGCCUACAGUAUAUUUGGAGAAGAUGUUGAUUCUAUGGUUUGUUAUCUGUUGGAGACCAGCAGUAGCAGCAGGCGCAAGGGGAAGGCUACUGAAUGAAAAUAGCCUAUAUUAUAAAUGUAUGUGAUUACAUUUGGGUUUGUGAUUUUAUCGUCUGAAGUUUAACUAGUUGAGUCUAGCCACUUUCAAAUUUUCAUGUGAUACUUUAUAAUCUUUCUGAUGUUAGAUAGAUUUAAUAUACAGUUCAUCUGUUUUAUAUA